GAGCGCUUCGAGCGGCGUUUACAGCCGUCGCCGCCACUUGGUUGGAGGGGUCUCUGACCGGAGUUUUGCCGGCGAGUUUCUUCUUUCGCCGGCCCUCCUCCGACCCCCUUCCAGCGCCAUGUACCGGGCCCUGUACGGCUUCCGGUCGGCCGAGCCGAACUCUUUGGCCUUCGCCGUUGGCGAGACCUUCCUGCUGCUGGAGCGGAGCAACCAGCACUGGUGGCUGGUGACCCGGGCGGGCUCCGGGGAGACGGGCUACGUGCCGGCCUCUUACCUGCAGCGCCUACAGGUGCUAGAACAAGAUGUGGUUCUGCAAUCUAUUGAUAGAGCUAUUGAAGCCAUUCAUAAUGAGGCAAUGAAGAAUGGAGGAAAAUACAACUUGGAACAAAGGGAUGUUCUUCAAAAAUUGAUCCAUCAUCGAAAGGAAACAGUUUCCCGCAAAGGGCAUUCACUGUCCACUCAAGGAAUGACCUCAUCCACUAGUGAUCAUCUGGAUCUAGCCAGGCAACCCAAUGGUGUCUGCAGAACUGGAUAUGAACGACACCACAGUUUGCCUAACAAAGACAUCCAGGAGGAAGAAGGUGACCUUUACCAGAUUUCUGCACAGCCAUGCCGUGCCACUCCUCUUAUUCCUCCACCACCAGAGAAACGCAAGAAUGUUCAGACAACUGCGCCCAUUAAAAAUGCAGUUGGAAUCACUUCUGGGUCAGUUUCUAGCACCUCUACUGAAAGCACAACUUCACUGGAUACCUCGUACACGGGUUCCACAGAAUCAGGUCUCCCUACAGCUACACCCAGCCCCGACAACACUCCUCCCCCUGUUCCUAGCAGAAGUGCCCUCACCAUGGCAUCCUCCAGCUUAGAUACGAGUCCUGUAGUGCAAAGAAAGCAUGGGAGUGCCAACAAAUCCCCUCAGACCAAAAGGGCUGCCCCACAACCUCCUGCCCAAAUGGAGGUUUCAGAUACAGGCGGUGAAAAGACCUUAGAAACAAAGAAGACCACACCAGCCACAUCUACAGGGGUAGAAAACUUUGAUUCUCUUUGCCUGGAAGACGAGAAGGCAGCCAAUACAGAGGAGGAGGUGGAACAAGAUUCAUCUGGCCUAGUAACCACCGUGCCAAAGACGAUAGGGGCUGAGUUGAUUGAGUUGAUCCGCAGGAACACAAAUCUCAGCUAUGAGCUCUCCAGAGUUGCCAUAGGGGUAGUAAUUGGGCAUAUUCAGACUUCUGUUCCAGCCCUUAAUAGCAUCAUGGAGCAGAUUCUCAUCUCACUGGUGGAAAGCAAGGAUCUCUGUUCAGGUUUGCCUUCUGGCCAGAUUUGCCAUGAUGAAGAGAGAUUGAAGGUGAUAUUUACAGAUAUGGCUCGGCACAAAGAUGAUGCCCAACAGCGCAGUUGGGCCCUCUAUGAAGAUGAAAAUGUCAUUUAUUGUUAUUUGGAAGAACUGCUUCAGAUUCUGACAGAUGCAGAUCCAGAAGUAUGCAAGAAGAUGUGCAGGAGGAAUGAGUUUGAAUCAGUAUUAUCUCUUGUGACAUAUUAUCAGAUGGAGCACAGAGUUUCAUUACGCCUGCUGCUUCUGAAAUGUUUUGGAGCAAUGUGCAAUUUGGAUGCUGCUAUUAUUUCUGCUCUGGUUAAUUCUGUUCUGCCAAUGGAGCUAGCCCGAGAUAUGCAAACUCAUACCCAAGGAUCAAACUUAGCCCAGGAUGUGCUUCAAUCAACUAAUAAACCCUCUUCUUGUUUCUUAGUUCCAGAGCAUAAUGUGAUCAUGGUUACUGUGAAGAAGCACUCUAACAUCAAAAUAUUUACAGAGAAGCUGCUACUGCUUCUGAAUCGUGGAGAUGAUCCUGUGUGCAUCUUUAAACAUCAGCCCCAGCCUCCGCAUUCUGUGUUGAAAUUUCUUCAAGACAUCUUUGCUUGCAAGGAUACUGCGAGCAUCUUCUACCACACAGACAUGAUGGUAAUGAUCGACAUAAUUGUGCGACAGAUUUCGGAUCUCUCCCCUGGAGAAAAGCUGCGGAUGGAGUACCUGUCUCUGAUGCAUGCCAUCAUGAGGACCACCCCAUACCUACAGCAUAAACAUCGUUUAACCGACCUGCAGGGGACCUUGCAGCGCAUCAUGGUGGAAGCAGAGGACAGCCAGCAGUGCCAGAUGGACAAAAUGAUAAUCCAAGAGAUUUAUAAAGAGUUUCCAGAGAUAGCUCCCGGAGCCAGCUAAUUGAUCAAAGGGAAGAAAUAGUGUGGAAUAAAAAAAAAAUACCUCUUGUGGCUAUGUCUUUCCCAUCCUUUCCACUAGAGCUCCUGCCUUAUAAGACCUGCAGGGGAGCCCUGGAGUUUCAAGGGAGUAUUAAAAGGCCCAACAAAGGAAGUUUCCACAUAGAUGCCCACCAGCGUGAAGUGCAUUAAAAAAUGGCCUUUCUGGGUCUGUGACUGGGGUUGGGGGAGACCUCACAGAUUAGAGGGGGAUUUGGCUUUUUAGCGCCAUCGGCAUGAUUUGACUGAAAGCAGGAGAAUAUUAUUAUUAUUAUUAUCUCCCCGGUGAUUUUUGCACUAAAAAAAAAAAGGGACAAGGGUGAUUUAAAUAACUUUAUGCUGUCCUUAAGAUCGCAAAGCAAGAAGUCUCCAUCAUAAUUACCUGCUUCUUCACACAUUUGUUGUUAUGCAGCUAGUUACAAAAUGGAGUAAGCCAAUGAUAUGAACAACAUAUGCUUCGGUAAUUUCGUGUCCGCAACAUCUAGUGCAAAGUUGCUACACUGCUAGUGAUGAGGGGGAAAUGACUUGUUUCUCCCAAUGUGCCCAGUGAGUUUUCUGAUCCAUGUAUACCUAUAUGGGUUCAACAUGCCAAGCUCCAUUCAUGACCCUGAUCCAAGCAAGCGCCCGCUCGUCUUAAAUGCUUAAUCCAGUGGUGUUUACAUCUGAGUUUCUUGCACGCCGAACAAGGACAAGAAUACUGAUUGUCCAGGCACUGCAGCAAGAGAUCCUUCAAACAGCCUGCUACUUAGACUCACCGUUAAGGCGUACCCUCUUUGAAAAACACUGCUUCUUUCCUGGUAUGUGCUAGUAUUUUUGCCUCUGGCACUGCACGUAUGAGCACGGUGUCUGUAAGUGGCAACGCACAGUGCGUGAUCAGCCUGCGGGUGUUUUUUGCCUUGAGCUUAGUAGCAAUUGGUUCUGCCUAGCUUUACCUUUUUUUAUGUUCAAAAAGCUACCUGAGCCUGAUGUCUGCUACUGCUGCUCCUUAAUAUGCACAAGUUGGGAGAUACCUAAUUCCUCCAGAUCUGCUGCAAAGUAGAUUUGCCCCCUUUCCCAUUGGGAAAGCCUUUGAUGGACUGGGGCUGUAAUAUCUCAAUAAACAUGCAUGCUGCCACAGCUCUUUAUAGUGGGUAAAUAAGAGCUUUGCAACCAUUGCUGUAGCAGUAGCCUGUAUUUGAACUGGAAACAUUUGGAUAACCUCUAUAAAUCUAAUGGAUGCAGAAAUAAAUUUGAAACAGUUCCUUAGGAUAGGGCAUCUAUUUGACAGCAGUGUCCAUCUAGGGAGCCUCUGUCAUUUUCUGUCUUUCAAGUAGAGAAUCAAUACAUGUGCCAUCCAAAAUAAACAAGCAGAUAUAUAUAUAUCCCUUGUGAAUGUUGAAAAGGACUUGUAUUUUCAUAGAAUCAAAUUCCUUGUGAAUGUUGAAAGGGAAUUGUAUUUUCGUAGAAGCAAAUAAAUGUAGUCCA